GUAUAUUUUAUACUUUUGUUCAUUUCUUUCCUUGCUUCUCCAUCACUUGGUCCCAAACCAAAACAAGCAAAUAGAAAACCACGCAUAUACUUAUAGAGAGGAAAAAGAGAGAUCGAGCUAACUUUCAUGGCUGUUGAAGCUCGGCAUCUAAAUCUCUUUCCUCCCCAAUUCAUACGAAACAGGGAAAUUAUGAGCGCCAUUGAAGGCCGCGCGAACAUCUACAGCUACUGCGCGACUCCGAUCGGAAACGCAGUGCCCGAUCCAUUAUCAGGAACAUCCACGACGGAGACUCUGCAGCUUCCUAUGUACACCUCUGCCAUUGCCAAGACUGCCGAUAGCGGUCUCACGGCCUACACUACUACUCUUCCGGUUUCGAGAAAGCGUUCGAGAGAUUCAACCAAUCCAUUCAUGAUCUCCUUUCCCGACGGUCAGAAUCAAAACAAUGAUCACAACAACCACUCCGUCUCUCACACUUUCGUCGGCGAGGAUAUUUCGUUACAGAUCCAACACCAGCAACUAGAGAUCGAUCAUCUCCUCACUCAACAUACGGAGAAAUUGAGAAUGGAGAUUGAAGAGCGGGGAAAGAGGAAUUUGAGGAGGAUUAUGGCGGCAUUGGAGGAAGGGAUGGGGAAGAGAUUGAGAGCGAAGGAGGAAGAGAUAGAGAAGAUGGGGAAGUUGAAUUGGGCGCUUGAAGAGAGCGUGAAGUCGCUGUACAUGGAAAACCAGAUGUGGAGAGACUUGGCUCACUCCAACGAAGCCACCGCCAAUUCUUUGAGGACGAACCUCGAGCAUGUGCUGCGCUACCAAAACCACCACCUCGGCGGCGCAGGUCUGGACGAGUCGGCCGCUCCGACGGACUAUGCUCAGUCGUGCUGCGGCAGCAACUACAAUGGCGGCGGCGGCGGUGGUGAUGAGGAGGAGGAGGAUGGGCGUACGUUAGCAGGUAGUGGAUGUGAUGGUGGUAUGGUGGACAGGAAGAGAUGGUGCAGGAAGUGCGGGAAGGAAGAGUCGUGCGUGUUGGUGUUGCCAUGCAGGCACCUGUGUCUGUGCACUGUUUGUGGGUCGUCGGUCCAAACUUGCCCCAUUUGUAAUUCCAACAAUAACGCCACUGUGCACGUUAACAUGUCUCCCUCUUGACAGAUUGAUGAGAAACAUUUUGGAAAAAAAAAAAAAAAAAUAGUGUAUGCCCUGCCAACAAUGUAGUGUUGGUAAUUUUUUUUUUUUUGGUUCAAUGAACACUUAUUAUUGUUUUAGAGUAAGUUUCACUUACCUUGCAUGAAAUUUGUUAAUAUGUUAAUAUUUUACAUAGAUUUCUUUGUGAUUUCAUAGUUUCAUUUA